GCCAUUUCUGCUAUAUACUUUUCCAGGCUCCCCACCUUUUUCUUUCUCCAGUUCCACAGUGAGAAUCAGCCAUUUUUGUUUCUGGGUUUCUUCUUGUUUACACUUCGAUCAGAUUGUCCAAGAUGUUCUAUUUUUUCUGAUUGUGGUGAUGUGGGUAUCUUCAAAGAAAGCUUUUAAUUUCUUUUAGAAAGAAAAAGUGUUUGGUGAUCAAAGCUAAAGUUCAUGCUUGGGAGGGAAUAGUUUCAAAACGAUUUUCAGCUACAGCCAUCUUCAACAGUUCAAAUUCAAAUCUCUAUGAAUUAAAGGUUUUUGAGGAAUUAGGCCACAAGUUUUCAACUACCAUGGACAAUUCAUUGAACUCUGAUGAAAACUAUGAUCUGGGAUAUCAACCUUCACCUUCUUCUAUGGAUCAAUCAGUAGCAGAAACUUCAACAAUGAGUAGUGAUUCAUUUCUGUACCGCCGGACUAAUUCUGAUGUCUCGGCUUUCUCUGGGUCAGUAGGUGACAGCAGCUAUUCUGGUGAAGCUUCUCCUUCUUGCUGGCCAAAUGUGAAAUCCAACCUCAGUAACCAAACUGUCCUCAGCAGACUAGGAAUGAAGAAACGCAUGAAUCUCACAGACGAUAAACUUGAAGAUCUUGAAGCUGUGGAUUUAGAACUUGAGUUGAUGAAAGAAAGAUUUGCAAAGCUCUUGUUGGGUGAAGACAUGUCAGGAAGUGGGAAAGGUGUAUGCACAGCUGUUACAAUUUCAAAUUCUAUUACCAACCUCUAUGCCACUAUUUUUGGGGCAAAUCUGAGGUUAGAGCCUUUGAAUCCUGAGAAGAAAGCAAUGUGGAGAAGGGAAAUGGAUUGUCUUUUAUCCGUUUGUGAUUACAUAGUAGACCUCACUCCAGUAUCCCAAACUUUACCAAAUGGGACAUCUGUGGAGAUGAUGACAAGCAGACCAAGAUCUGAUAUUUAUAUCAACCUUCCAGCUUUAAAAAAGCUUGAUGCAAUGCUCAUUGAAGUGCUUGAUAGUUUUCAAGAGACAGAGUUUUGGUAUGCAGAACAAGGGAGCAUUUCAUCAAAGUCAACUACUUCUGCAUCAGCAUCAGGAUCGUUUCGAAGGAUUAGUGUGCAGCGGAAUGAGGAGAAAUGGUGGGUGCCAGUUCCAUGUGUUCCUCCAGGUGGCCUCUCUGAGAAGUCAAGGAAGCAUUUGAGACACAAACGCGACAGUUCUAAUCAAAUUCACAAAGCAGCCAUGGCAAUCAACAGCAGCAUUCUUUCUGAGAUGGAAAUCCCAGAGUCAUACAUGGCAGGUCUUCCAAAGAGUGGAAAAGCUUGUUUGGGAGAUUCGAUUUACCGCUACAUGUGUACCUCAGAGAAGUUCUCCCCAGAAUAUCUUCUCGACUGUCUCAACAUAGCUUCUGAACAUGAAGCACUUGAACUUGCAGAUAGAGUUGAAUCUUCAAUGUACACAUGGAGACGUAAAGCAUGCAUGAGUAAUUCAAAGUCUUCAUGGGUGAUGGUAAAGGAUCUAAUGUCAGAGACAGACAAGAAUGACAAAAACCAUGUCCUAGCAGAAAGAGCAGAGAGCUUGUUGUUCUCUUUGAAGCAGAGAUAUCCUGAGCUCUCUCAGACAUCCUUGGACACAUGCAAGAUUCAAUACAACAAGGAUGUGGGGCAAGCAGUACUAGAGAGCUACUCAAGAGUGUUGGAAAGUUUUGCAUACAACAUUGUUGCUUGGAUUGAAGAUGUAAUUCAUGUGGACAGAUCGAUGAGAAACCACGACCAAUAGAGAGCAAAUCAGUUUCAAGCACUUCUCAAACAAAUUUUGAGACAUUAACUAUGCUACUUAUUCCUGUGUACGAAGCUAGUCAGUUGUUAUAAAAGGGUAUAGUCCACAUUUCCCAUCUACGAAUUUCAAGAAAUGACCUUGUACAUUAGUAUCCAGUAAAACAGAACAGAUUUUUUUUCUCUUUCUCAAAGCAGUGAAUUUAUUAACCUCUUGUUAUAUUUAUACAUAUCACCAUUUUUAGCAAAAAAUAAUCGUGCAAAAAUAACUUCUUUUGUAGGUAAUGCCCGUGUCUUACAAAUGCCCUACCAUUAGCCCAAGAGAGAGUGAAAAUAGAUUAAUAUUAGAGAAAAAUACACCAUCAGUGCCUCAAUUCUUGUGCACCGGCCAAGUUGAUACCCAGACUCUCAAUGCUACCAAUGUGAUACCUGAACCCAUAUUUUGCUAUAAAAGAGGUACUUCCGUCAGAUUUCAUUGACGGCUCCGUUAAAAAAGUCACAUGCCAAGCACGUGGGCCUAAAAAAAAUGGCAAAUGACCUGAAUGACCGUUUGCUUCUCCCAACAACUGAUUCCCUCCAAAAUUCAUUUGCCAUACAACUUUCCCUCCAAAUUAACUUAAUAUCACAUCAGUCCAUUUUCUUUGGAACCUGAUCAAAUGGGUUAAGUACCUGCAUCAUCUCCUUGAACAAGUUGAUCCCAAGUACACCUCUCCCAUUAAAUGCAUACCCCGAAAUCAAAGAGCUCCAGGAAACAACAUCCUUCCGGGCCAUUCAUUCAAAAACACUAGAUGCAGCAUCCAAAUCUCCACGUUUACAGUAAAAACUCACAAGUGAGUUCCCCACAGACACAACUUCUUGCAGAACCCUUUAGAAUCUGCAUAAGAGUGUAUCCAUUUCCCAUCAUCAACAUCCCCAAACGGAACGCACGCAGGCAAAACCGACACCACAGUAGCCUCAUCCGGUUCAAAACUCUGCUCUCAUGUCUCAUUAAAAAACCCCAAAGCUUCACUGUCCCUCCCACACUGCGCUAAGCACGAAAUCAUCGAGUUCCACAAAACAACAUUCCUCUCACCCAUCUUCCUAAACAAACACAACCCAGUAUCGACAUUGCCACUCUUGCAAAACCCACGAAUCAUCAAAUUCCAAACAAUCACAUCUCUUUUAGACAUUUCAUCGAACACCUUUUGUGCAUCACCCACCCUCCCACAAGUCACAUACAGCUCAAUGAUCCCAUCCCUAACUGAACCAAACCACUCAAACCCCAUUCUCAAAACCUCUCCAUGCACACACUGGUCUACCCUAUAAUAAGACAUGUCGGAGCAGGACUUCAGUAAAGGCGCAAAAGUGUACUCGUUGGGCCAAACGCCGCGGCGUUUCAUAUGGGAGAAAAUGGAGACGGAUUUUUCGAAUGGGUGGCAGAGCGAGAUGCCCUUGAUCAUGGAGUUGAAGAGGAGGAUGUUGGGGUUGGGGGUGUGUUGAAAGAUGAGAUUGGCGUAGUUCAUUUUGUUGAGGGAGUAGCAGACGGAGACGAAGUGGGAGGGAGUUGGUUGAGUUUGUCGAGGCCGUGGCGGAGGAGGUGGGCGUGGAUUUGACCGAGUUGGGUUCGGGUUUUGGGGCCGUGGAGGGACGGUGGGAUUAUCAUUUCACUCGAUUACAAAAGAAUAGGAGAUAAAAGGAGUAGAUUCGAAAACUUGCUUUGAGAGGUAAAGAGUUUGGUAUCGAGCAAACCAAAUCUUAAAUCCAAAAAAUCGAUAGAAUGGAGUCCAGAAACUAAUGGAUGCGGUGGAUUCAAAGAGAGAAAGAAUAAGAAGAAGAAGUAGAGUCCCACGGAUGCGUUGUUCAUCUAGGUUCAUUAAACCCAAAAUUCAUCUCCAGCUCAACCUUCACUUCUUCCUUCUUCAGUCCGGGGAGGUCCGCCUUGAAGAUAUGGGCAUCCGGGGUCUCCUUCCAGUCGAUUCGGGUAUGGGCGAAGGCGGAGGUGUCGCUGGCAGUGGAGGAGUUGACGAGAGAGCCUAUGCCCUGGCAGGGAUUCCAGAUUCGAGGGAAAAUGGGUCGAUGCCAAAGAGACUAAGAGCCAUUGCUGAUGGGCUCGCUAAGGUUUUUAAUUUUCUGGUGUAAAGAGGUAUUGGAAGACUUGGUUGCUUUGGGUGAUUCUAAGAUUGGAGGAAAAGUGGAGGUUUUGACCGAUUAUGGAUGAAUUUUGGGAAAAAAAGACGUGUUUGCCCUUUUUUUUGGGCCCACGUGCUUGGCAUGUGACUUUUUUAACGGAGCCGUCAGCAGUACCUCCUAUCAACUUGGCCGGUGCACAAGAGCUGAUGGUGCAUUUUUCUCUUAAUAUUAAGAUGGAUUUCAAUCUAUGUGGACAUCCUUUUUUCAAUCAAAACUAUGAUCUGAGUA